UUCCAAGAAGUUCUACCAUGUGAUUUUGAGAAAUAAAAAUAUUUUUGAGAAAAUAAUGAGAAAAUAGUGUGAAUUUAAAUCAUUUGCAGUGCGGAAAAGUUCUUUUCUGAAUUACAGAGUGAUUUGAAGUAGAAAUUGCUUGAUAAAAACUGCACGGAAGUGCUUGAAUUAAGACAAGAAGUAGAGGACACGUUUUAACUUUCGCUUUUGAGAGCGCCGUGUGGAUUACCGAAACCGUCUGUGAGAUGGAGGAUCAGAUAAUUGAAGUGGAAGUAGUAUCAGUAGAUCCAGACUUUGAUUUUGAUUCGCUAGAACGAGAAGAAAUUUGUGUGGAUUAUGUCGAGGAAGAGGAUCCCAAUGUGGAGGUCAUGAAUAUCUUGGCUCAAGUAAAUAAUUCGAUUCAGGAGGAAAAUGAACGUAUUGAACGAGAUCUUGUGGGGAAUCUCACUACCCCGUCGAAGAGAACUCACAAGAAGUCCUUCUCCCUUCCUGCCUCACCAACAUUUGAUUUUCCGGAUGACAUCAAUUUGAGCAUUAGCCUGGAUGACAUCAAUAUCGAUGGCAAUUUGGAUGCAUCUCUCAGUGACAAGGCAGAUGAUUUCAAUCUCCUCGAAUGGCUUCACGCGGAUGCGGAUAAAGUGAAGACAGCAAAGAAAACAAAACAGAGCCGAGGGAAGGAUCUCAGUCUGGUGCGGGCAGAAUUGGAGAAGGAGCGCAAGAAGGAGAAGUUAAAAGAUGUGAGGAAAGUUAAAAGACCCACGAGAAAGAAUCAUCAACGCCGCAAAAAAGCGGAUUCAGACAGUGAGGACAAUGUGGAUGUUGUGUCAACAAAGUCUCGGAUACAGAAGGAUCCAACGUGGUGCCCCGCAGGGACUGCAGCAAAAUCUACCACGAAAACUGCUGGAGAGAAGCCAAAACAGACUCGUGGGAAGAAUGAUUUGAGUUCGAUGAAAAUGAAAUUUUUAGCUGCCAAUCCUAUUCCCAUGGCAAAUAAGAAACGCAAGGAAAUCCACAAUUCCGCUCAGAAGCAAAAACAAAUGGAUGAUCAUGACUACUGCACGUCCCGGAAUGGUAUAACCACCGGAAUGGCGCCAAAAGUUGCACCGAAAGACAAAUGCCAUCGCAAUGUUCUCGAAAUAUUGAAGGAGAAACCCCAGCGGGCUGUGGAUCGUUCCUGGAGAAUGGGAAAUGGUGAUAUGAUGACGUACGUGGGGAAGGAAGUUGUUGUGGAGACGGAAGACAACCGGAAAGGUGAAAGUGGACGGAAACAAGGCAAGGGAGAAAGUUUGUUGAAACCCCUUAGCGAAAGAAUUGAAAAAUCUGCUGAAGUUGUGCAAAAACAGCCAACAAACCCGCUGAGAUUUAUUCGAAAAGACCCAAUUCCCGAAUCCAAACCGAAUAUUCCUUAUCGUGAUCCCAUCCUUGUGGCAAAGGAGAAGGCUCUGCGGAUACGUGAAAGGAAACGCGCUAAAGCUCUCAAAAUGCUCGAUGAGGAGGUGAAGGCUAAAAGUGCUUCCAUAAUGCCAAUUUUACCUUUAGCAGAAAUGACUGGGAUGCGUUUGCAGGAGGAUGCUGCAAAAUCCCCCCUAACAGACUCACAGGGUGCAAAGGAUAAGCACCUUUCGAGUGAAUAUGAGGAAAUUGUAAUUGUUUCAAUGGGGUGCAAUACGGAAGUGAGUAUUCCCCCGAAGCUAGAGUCUGACACGAAUCUCCUGCAUAAAUCCUCCCUCUUAUCCAAAAUCCCAGAAAAUAUCAUCAAAGCAACACCCAUUUCGAGCAAUUCUCUCCUGUUUAGCAUUCAGGAUAUGAUGCUGAAGAAGCGCAAUCCGGGAAAUGCUUCGGGAAUUGUAUCGCCACGGUGUGCAGUCUCACCACCAAAUGGGGCAUCACCGGAUAAGCCUGAGGGGGCAAAUGAUGCAUCCGUGAGUGAACACGGAGAGGAUAAGGUGAUAAUGCACCUGCGAAAGGAUCGAAUUCGCCCCACAAUGGUCACGGUGUCCAUUCAGACGGAAUUUCAGGGCAAUUUCUCUCCCAUUGCCAACCCCAUUAAAACCCGAAGACGCUCAUCUUCGACAGAUUCCUCCUCCUCCUCAUCGUCAUCGUCGUCAUCUUCAUCUUCAUCUUCCUCAUCAUCUGCAUCCUCAGAGAAAUCAUCCUACGGCAGAGUAAGUCACCAUCGUACGCGACACUAUCGAUCAAGAUCGCGAUCACGAAAAAUUAGGCGAUCGUACAGAAGUCCUUCGGGGAGUAGUCGAUCACCAACACCGAAUCUACGGAGGACACGUUCACGAUCGAGAAAUACGCGCUCACGAUCGAGAGAUACGCGAUCGCGUUCGUAUGAUCGAAGAUCGCAUUCACUUGAACGGAGAUCUCGAUCGCGAGAUAGGCACAUGUCCUACCAGAAGAGAUCGAGGAAUCCGCGGAAAACUUCACCAGAAGAGAGACGCAUCGUGUAUGUGGGAAAACUCGAAGAGGAACUCACGAAAGAUGAUCUCAAGAGGAAGUUCCUGUCCUAUGGACCAAUUACGAAAGUCACGUUGCAUUAUAAAGAAAUAACCAGAAUGAGGUAUGGAUUUGUGACUUUUGAGAGAGCACGAGAUGCAUACAAUGCUAUAGAUAGUGGUUCAAAGAACCCCAACUUAUCUCACUAUGAUAUCAGUUUCGGCGGAAGGAGAGCCUUCUGUCGGGCUUCCUAUUCGGACUUGGACAAUAUGGCUCCAAGUUUCUACGGAUCGAGAGAUUACUACAUGCCACCAAUGGAUGUGGGUGUUCCGGUUCUUGCUGCUGCACGUCCCAGCUAUGGGCAUGAGAGUUUCGAUAGUUUGUUGCAGUCAUUCAAGAGGAAAGUAAAUCCUUGGGAAAUUCUUGUGGUGAUUAUGGUGGGAACACGCAGUAAAAAUGCGGUUCGUGCGGGUGGAGUAACAAAGUCCGGGAAAUCUGCUGCCCCCGCAAAGGCCCUGAAGAUAAAGUUGCCUCGGAAAGUAAAGAUUGCGGAAGUUCUAACAGAGCAAGUUAGACUUGUUCCUAGCGAUGCUGUGGCAAAGAGAACCCGCGGACAGGGAAAGUCUGCACAGACGGAUACACAGAAGAAAUCCAGGGUCGCUACGACUGUCUCGAUAGAAUCGGAAGCUCAAGAAGAUGGUGUGCGUGCAAUUACGGAGAGGAAUAUAAGGAAUAAGAAGAAGAUUGAGGCAAGAAAGUCUGGUGUUAAGACGAGAAGUAAGACUGCUGCAACUGUGACGAAAGCUGCCGCUUCGGUGGAACCUCCCAAACGAUCAAGGCGAAGGAAGGCAGCGGAGGAACCAAUUCCGGAGGUUUCCGCGCCAAAAACACGAAAGAAAGCCGUCAAGAGGGAAAUGAAGGAGGAGAAUGAUUCUCAAAAACCAGGACCAAGUAGGAAGACAAGAAAAGUGAAAGAAACGGAAAAUAAUGAAGUUGUUGAGUCGAAGGAGGAAGAACCUUCUGGAAGACCAAAAAGGAAGGCAGCACUGGCGAAUAAUCUUGUUAAAUCGCCUCCUAAGACAAAGAAGAAGGCUGCAACGGGUGUAAAAACGGAAGAUUCGGCACCGAAAACAAGGAAAAAGGGUAAAGAGACAAAGGAGACAAAGGAAGAAGACACGAAGACAUCAAAAAAUGAGAAGAUUGACAAUGAAACAUCCCAAACUGCUAAAAUCGGGAAGAUUGCCAAGAGAAAUCAGGGAAAAUUGAAAGCAACUGCUGCUAAGCAAAAGAAACAAGUUCGUAUUGAAGAAGAACCUCCACAGGAGAAAGAAAUGAGUCAAGAUGAGGCAGAUUUAUCGGACAAGGAAAACUUUGAGAAUAGCAGGAAUGCGUCCAAAUCCUCAAAUACAAGUGGUGAGAAGAAGCCAAUCUACAAGAUUGUCGAUGCAAAGCCAUCCAACGUUCCAAUGGAGCAGCUAAUUGUGGAGGAUGAGCAGAAUGCUGGUGCAUCAGAUAUGGAUGUCUAUUCGUUUGAAUUGAGUCAAAAUGGGAAUGAGAAGAAGAAAAAGAAGAAGAGAAAGGUUCUUGUUGCAAAGCACAAUGUGAAGAAGUUGAAGAAACCCAAAAUGUGGGAUAGUAAGGAUUUGAAGAAGAUGCAGAAGAAGAAGUCUGCUGCAGUGCAGAGGGCUGAUAAAUUGAAAUCAAUUCCGGCUCAUAUUUUGGAGAAGAUCAAGGGGAAGGAGCUUCUGAAGCAAUCUCUCAUGCAAUCAUCCACACCCUUCAAGGAUUCCACAAAUAUAUUGAAGAACAACAAUAUUGAGAAGCAAAUGUCUCCAAUAGUGUCCGGAAUCGGCGUACUCAGCUCUCAAGAUGAGUCAGUUCAGGAUGAUGACAAUGACACAGCACAGGACUUUCCUGUAGAACCAGAAAAUGACCCACCACAGCAAAGUCUUCCAGGAAACAAUGAGGAUACGCGUGCAAUUGCAGAGCCACAACCUUGGCGAAAUGACGAAUCUAUUCAUCUUCCAACAACGUCUCACAUUAAACAUUCCGGAAAGGGCUUUCUGCCCACAUAUUCCAGUGAUAUGAUCGUCAAAGCUACUCCACGGAAGCCCAAACCAAGCCCUAAAGUACCUCAAGCUGCAGCAUCUCCUGCUCAAUGGGACAAAACAUACAAUGUGAAAUCAAAUUCAGAGGCAGAGCAGGACACAAACUACACCAUUGAAAAUUACUUUGGCUUCGAUUCAGAUGCCCCAAUUGAGGUGAAUAUGGAAGUUGCAAAAAAGCACGAUGAGGAGGCACUUGAGAAGGAACGUGAACGUGUGCGGAAACUCGUACCGGCAAAGAAGCCUCCUCGCCCAACUGUUGAACUUCGCAAGGAGAGACCACAGCGUGCUGUGGCUCAGGAACCAGUGCCAUCCACAUCGAAGUCUCCAGUUAAAGAAACCUCCCUUCCGGAGAAUCUCUUUCUAAGCCAGGAACCCGAAGAACCCCGUCGAAAUUACUCCCGUCCAAAGAAGACCAAGGCAAUUGAGAGUGAAGAUGAACUGGACGCCGCAGAAGAGGCUCCAGUUAAGAAAAAGGGCACCAAGGAAGGCCGGAAAAAGUACAAAUCAAAGACAACCGUCAGCAAGAAGGAUCAGAAGCAACUUGAAGAGCUCGAGGAAUUUUAUACUUCGUUCAACGAAGAAUGUGCUGAAGUGGAGAAAUUCGAGUUGAUUAUUGAACCUGAGAAGGAGGAUACCCCAUAA